AUGCAUCGUCGAUUUAGCACCAACUCCUCCAACGACACUUCCGCCGCCCCAUCGUCCUCCUUACCAUCCACGGCCAAGGGCACCUUCGCCGGUAAAGCGCCCUCGACCAAGUCAAAUCGCUUUUCGCUCCUAUUCUCGUCUUCCACUCCGAAGACCAAGCUGGAUCCCCAGUCGUCAUCGACAGCCUCUCAGGCUGCCAACGGCAAAAGUCACAGCAACCCCCCGCCGAUCAGCUCGGCAUCUCUGUCUCUACCUACAAUCUCGCUCUCAACAGCCAUGGCGGACAACCCCGCAAUGGAGCAACUGCCGACCACUCUCUUUCAGCCUCCCUCUCCGGAGGAGGCUCGCCGACAAGCCAAAGCUGACGCCCAGUUCGGCGUUAUCGGCGAUCCGAGCCAUCGUUACACCAGUCGCCAUCCCGGUGGGGAGUUCCCCGAGCCGGUCAUGGAUGAGCCUCCUUACUACUACCUCCUCACCACCUACAUCAGCUAUCUGAUCCUCAUCGCUUUCGGCCACGUCCGUGAUUUCUUUGGCAAGCGUUUCCGUGAAGAGAACUACCGGCACUUGCAAGCCCGUGAUGGAUACGGUGCCCUGAACAGUGACUUUGACAACUUUUACGUUCGCCGUCUGAAAUUGCGCAUCAACGACUGCUUCGAGCGUCCCGUCACCGGUGUUCCGGGUCGUUUCAUCACUUUGAUCGACCGCGCCACCGAUGAUCACAACCAGCACUUCCAUCUGACCGGCACUUUCACCGACACUUUGAACCUGAGUUCGUACAACUAUCUGGGGUUCGCUCAGUCCGAGGGACCGUGCGCAGACAGUGUCGAGGAUACCAUUCGCAAGUAUGGCAUCUCCACCCCCAGUACUCGCGCCGAGGGCGGAACCCAAGAUCUUCACGUCGAGGUGGAGGAUCUGAUCGCUCGAUUCGUCGGCAAGGAAUCGUCCAUGGUGUUUUCCAUGGGCUUCGGUACCAACGCUACAGUCUUUCCUGCUCUGGUUGGCAAGGGCGACCUUUUGAUCUCUGAUGAGCUGAACCACGCCUCCAUCCGCUUCGGUGCCCGACUCUCUGGAGCCUCGAUUGCGAUGUUCAAGCACAACGACAUGAAGGAUCUCGAGCUCAAGCUGCGUGAGGCAAUCUCCCAGGGCCAGCCCCGUACCCACCGCCCAUGGAAGAAAAUCCUGGUGGUCGUGGAGGGUCUUUACUCGAUGGAAGGUUCCAUGUGCAAUCUCCCCGGGCUGGUCGCCCUGAAGCAUCGGUACAAGUUCAACCUGUUUGUCGACGAGGCUCAUUCGAUCGGUGCCGUUGGCCCUGCCGGCCGUGGUGUUUGUGAUUACUUUGGAAUUCCCACUGCUGAGGUCGAUAUUCUGAUGGGCACUCUGACCAAAUCCUUCGGUGCCAACGGUGGAUACAUCGCCGCGGACAAGAUCAUGAUUGACAAGCUCCGUGCCACCAACUCGGGAACCUUCUACAGCGAGGCCAUUGCGCCUGCCGUUUUGAUGCAGAUCUCCUCCGCUCUUCGAAUCAUCAAUGGAGAACUCAUUCCUGGGCAGGGUGAGGAGCGACUGCAGCGGCUGGCCUUCAACUCCCGCUACCUGCGCCUCGGUCUGAAGCGUCUCGGCUUCAUUGUUUACGGCCAUGACGAUUCACCCAUCAUUCCUGUGCUUCUCUUCAACCCGGCCAAGAUGCCCGCUUUCUCUCAUGAAAUGCUUCGGCGCAAGAUCUCGGUCGUGGUGGUCGGGUACCCCGCCACUCCGUUGGUUUCUUCUCGUGCACGUUUCUGUGUCUCGGCGGCUCACACCAAGGAGGAUCUGGACCGGGUGCUCACGGCUUGUGACGAAAUUGGCAACAUCCUGCAACUGAAGUUUUCUACUGGUAUCGCCGGUGGCGCUCUGCCAGCCGAUGAGGAAUCAUCCGACAUGACGGAAAAGGACCGGGCUAGCCCGCGCAGCUCCCAGCUAACGCCUCCUCGCUGGCACGUCGAGGACGUGAUUCGCCGCGGAGCCCAGGAUGUUCAGUCACCGCUGUACUAG